UUCCCAUUUUAAACUCAGGAGACGAAAGUUGAAGUGUUUCUCCUCUUAAUUUUCUUCGCUCCCUAUUCGAUCUUCCUGGGAUUUUUCUCCUUUCCCUUCUCAUUUAGAAUCCUUAAGCUAGGAUUAAAAACGAGAAAGAAAUGGAGGGACAAGGAUGCCUUGGCAAUUUUCUUCAGAGAUGUAAGCCUUACAUAGCCAUGAUUUCUCUGCAAUUUGGCUAUGCCGGCAUGAACAUCAUCACUAAGGUUUCGCUCAACCGAGGAAUGAGCCAUUAUGUGCUUGUGGUCUACCGGCAUGCCUUUGCCACCGCAGCUAUCGCUCCUUUUGCUCUAGUUCUCGAGAGGAAAGUGAGGCCCAAGAUUACAUUUCCCAUUUUUAUGCAAAUUUUUGUGCUGGGGCUUCUUGGGCCAGUCAUUGAUCAGAACUUCUACUACGCCGGGUUGAAAUUCACGUCGCCUACCUUCUCUUGUGCUAUGAGCAAUAUGCUCCCAGCGAUGACCUUCGUCAUGGCAGUCUUUUGCAGGAUGGAGAAGUUGGACAUGAAGAAAGUUAGAUGCCAAGCAAAGGUGGUGGGAACAAUAGUGACAGUUGCCGGAGCCAUGUUGAUGACACUUUACAAAGGACAUGUUAUUAAUUUUGUGUGGUCUGGGCACAUCCAUCACCCUAAAUCCUAUGCUCCUGCAAAUGCCACUGGAUCCACUGAUAAGGACUGGAUUAAGGGUUCCAUUCUCCUCAUCAUUGCUACCUUUGCCUGGGCUUCUUUCUUCAUCGUUCAGGCAAUCACAAUGAGGAGAUACUCAGCUCAGCUUUCACUCACAGCCCUUGUGUGCUUUUUAGGCACACUACAGUCUAUAGCUGUCACUUUUGUUAUGGAGCGCAAGCCCUCUGUUUGGACCAUUGGCUGGGAUAUGAAUCUUCUAGCCGCUGCCUACGCUGGUAUAGUGUCAUCAAGCAUUGCAUACUAUGUCCAAGGGUUGGUCAUGCAGAAGAGAGGACCAGUCUUUGUUACUGCUUUUAGCCCUCUGAUGAUGAUCAUUGUUGCCAUCAUGGGCUCUUUCAUCCUCGCUGAAAAUAUGUACCUCGGAGGUAUUGUUGGCGCAAUAUUAAUCGUAAUAGGACUUUACUCGGUUCUGUGGGGAAAGUACAAGGAGUACAAAGAGAAGGAAGCCAUUGAAGCAAUUCCUGAACCAGUCAAGGUUGGUGGAGAGAAUGGGCGGAUGACAACAGUGAUGGAAGACAUUGAGGCGAAUGACUUUGACUUUGAAAUGCAAGAGACUAGUGAAGUUAACAAGGAGAUGACCGUUCCCGUCCUAGCGAUUAGUGCUCCCAUCCCACAGCCUCCCAUGAUAGGCUGUGGAAGCACCAAAAGCCAGCCUAAGGAGAACAUAAUGAGACAGUGAUCGAUGACAAAUAAAGAAGUAAUGGAUUGGGCUGUUGCAUGGUGACGAAGAAAAGAUUUAGCUUCGGACAUGGACUUUAGGUCCACUUCAUGUCCGUGUCUUUAUCUCUCCUGCUUUUAAGCCUUGAGAUUUGGACAAAAACUUAAAAUAUAUAUUGAUCUUAAUUUAUAAGGACGAGGGAAGGGAGCUGUGGAUGGAGGAAGAUAAUGGAUGUUUUUGUACCU